GCAAAUAGUAUGAACAAAAAGACUAAUAAGAAAAAUAUGGACAUUUUGAUAGUAAUGCAACAAAAAAGAAAAGAAGAAGUUCUCCAAAUUGCUGAGCAAAUAGAAAGUAUUCUAGAAAGUGAUAAAAGCACCUACGAAAAAAAAGUAGCUUUGUUUGAUUUGGUAAAAAAUCUUGAAAUAGGAGAAAGCCAGCCACUCAAAGAACAAAGAAUAAACUGUCUUUUAGAAAGCAGACUACACAGCACAUUAGCUAAAAAAGCCUUAGAAGAUUACAGAAAAACGACUGUUAAGGCAUUUAGUAAAGCUCAAUAA